ACCACUGACCGGCUGGCUGAGCGAGCGCCGGGGCCACUGUGGAGCCACCCACUGGCCGCGGUGCAUUGCUCUGACGCGCAGGGGUGCUCUCACAGGAGCGUGAAGAGGACCAGAUCAGCACAGUGCAGAGAGCACGGUAGUAGGUGCUUCAAGACAUGAGAGUAUCAGAGGAUGUCAUAAGAAAAAUUGUUUUCUGCUGGGCCAGGAAGUGUCGCUAGGAUUUGGACGCGCAGAGGGGAGGAGGCGUGGCAUGCCAGACUUAAGGAGCAGUAGGAGCGAAGUCCCGGAGAAGGGGAAUACAGAGUGUGAAUAGGAAGCACAGGAGUUGAGCCUGGAGACAGAGACUGUGAGAGAGGGAAUUCGGUGGGAAAGGGAGGUUGAGGCGAGAUCACAGAAGGGCUUCAAUCCAGACCAGAAGGUUCUGACUCGGAUCCCCAGGUAUUAGGAAGGAAUGCAAUGGAGGGCAGGGUGGCUAAGAGAAUAGAGGCAGCAAGGCCGGAGAGGAGCUGUUAGAAUCGAACCUCGCUGCAUGUGCUGCUGAGGCCCAGGGGGAAGUGCUCCUUCAGUCCACCUUCGAACGCACCACCUUGUGAAGGUGUAUUAGGGUACAGACAGAGAAACCCCAAAAUACAGUGGUUGAAGUACAAGACUAUUUCUCUCUCCCCUAACAUUCCAGAAGGUGCAGGCACUCAGACUGUCUUGUUGCUCCACCUGUACCUUUUCUGAAUCCCAGCCUGCCUCAAAGGGUAAAAAGGAGUGAGCGGCAGUCAGCUUCCCUUGAUCAGGAAGUCACAGUUGUCCUUUUUGCUCAUGUCCUAUUGGCCAGAAUUCAGUUACAUGCUCAUACCUAGCUGCAAGGGAGGCUGGGAAAUAUGACCCCCAGCUGGAUGGCCACGUGCUACGGUGCAGUGUUUCGUAACUCAAAGGAAGAAGUCCUGUGUGGAUGUUGGGGGCAGUUCCCAUGCCACAGAAAUGUUUCUGCUGUGUUUGGUAGAUAGUUUGUGAAAGUCUUCAAGCUUUUUCCAUCUCCAGAGCAUGAUUUAGUGAGUGCUGCCCAGCAGGCUUUCUCUGAUGAUGAGUCAUCGAGUACAGUCACCAUGAGCCACAGGGGGCCGUUGAGCACUUCACACGUGGCUUGUCCAAGCUGAGGAAAUGAACUUUUAUUUUAAUUAGUGGUAGCCAUAUGUGGCUGGUGGUUACUGUGCUUGGACAGAGUAUGUCUGGAUGUGGGAUUAGACGAGAGUGGGUGAGCUGUCUUUGAUAUUCGAUUCAAAGCCUCUGGCCUAGUGUCAUUGUUCUCCUUUCCUUAUUGAAAGUCCCCACACUGCCAGCCUCCGUCUCUUUCAGCUGGGACGGUGCCGGAGCGUGAAGGAGUUUGAGAAGCUGAACCGCAUCGGGGAAGGCACCUACGGCAUUGUGUAUCGGGCCCGGGAUACCCAGACGGAUGAGAUUGUCGCCCUGAAAAAGGUGCGGAUGGACAAGGAGAAGGAUGGCUGUGUCUGGUUGCAGGGGUCCCCAUCAGCAGCCUUCGAGAGAUUACACUGCUCCUUCGCCUUCGCCAUCCAAAUAUCGUGGAGCUGAAGGAGGUGGUUGUGGGGAACCACCUGGAGAGCAUCUUCCUGGUGAUGGGUUACUGUGAGCAAGACUUGGCCAGCCUUCUGGAAAACAUGCCAACACCCUUCUCUGAGGCCCAGGUCAAGUGCAUUGUGCUUCAGGUGCUCAGGGGCCUCCAGUACCUGCACCAGAACUUCAUCAUCCACAGGGACCUGAAGGUCUCCAACCUGCUCAUGACCGACAAGGGCUGUGUGAAGACAGCGGAUUUUGGCCUGGCCCGGGCCUAUGGCGUUCCAGUGAAGCCAAUGACCCCCAAGGUGGUCACUCUUUGGUACCGAGCCCCUGAACUGCUGCUGGGAACCACCACGCAGACCACCAGCAUCGACAUGUGGGCCGUGGGCUGCAUCCUGGCUGAGCUGCUGGCCCACAAGCCCCUGCUCCCUGGCACUUCCGAGAUCCACCAGGUGGACCUGAUCGUCCAGCUGCUGGGGACACCUAGUGAGAACAUCUGGCCGGGCUUCUCCAAGCUGCCCCUCGUGAGCCAGUACAGCCUGCGGAAGCAGCCCUACAACAACCUCAAGCACAGGUUCCCGUGGCUCUCAGAGGCUGGCCUGCGCCUGCUCAAUCUCCUCUUCAUGUACGACCCUAGGAAAAGGUGCGGACCAGCCUGCAGGUGGGGGCGGCGGCACCUUGAGCCUGAGCCCUUUCGAAAGGUUUCUCAGAACACAGGACGUGCAGCCACCCGGACGCCGCCUCCCAGGACACACAUGGCGGGUCAGGGCGACGGCGGGGGACUGCCUGGAGAGCUCCUACUUCAAGGAGAAGCCCCUGCCAUGUCCGUGCCAGGACCCACCAGCUGCUCCAGCCAGCUGCCCCGCUUCCUGCCACUGCCCCAGAAGAGCGAGUGUCGACGUGGGGUGAGAGUGGGUACACCCCAAGGGCCAGGACACCUUGAGGCAGCCCCACCCAGGCUGUGGUGGCGCCACCUGCUGGCCAUGCUGGGUCCUACCACUUGCCAAGCUCACUUCCCAGCAAGAAACUCCCACUGGCCCAUCUCCGUGGGUGUCACUGGUUUGGGACCAGCAGAUCCUCUAUGGCCAGUUGUGUUCCCUCUUGGUCACCAGAAGCUGCCCGGGGCAGGCAGUGGCUGUGGUGACCCCCAGGUGGGGCUGGCAGGACCUUGGGGUGGGAAGGAAGGAUUGGUGUGGGGUGAGCCAGCCUAGUGGGCUGGGCCCUGGGCCUGGACGCUCUGAGCCCAAUCGAGUCCCGUCCUGCUCCCACACUGAGGCCCCGGGGAAGGGGCAUGGCUGGCAUGGGGCACAGAGAUAAAAGCUCUACUGACUGUC